AUGUUGUCCAUCCCGGAGCUGAUCAAGAAGAAGCGAGACGGCGGCGAGCUGAGUGACAGUGACAUCAAAACCUUCAUGGAGGCCGUGACCAGCGGGAGCAUCCAAGACUGCCAGACGGGCGCCAUGCUGAUGGCCAUCUGGCAGCAGGGCAUGGAUGCGCGCGAGACGGCGACGCUGACCAAAGAGAUGAUGCUGUCUGGGGAAGUGAUGUCGUGGCCCCCGGAGUGGGCGGGGUUGCUGGUGGACAAGCACUCUACGGGUGGCGUGGGCGACAAAGUUAGCCUGGUGUUGGCCCCCGCCCUCGCCGCCUGCGGAUGCAAGGUGCCCAUGAUCAGCGGGCGAGGCUUGGCCCACACUGGAGGCACCUUGGACAAACUGGAGUCUAUUCCCGGGUUCAGCGUCUACCAAACAGCUGAGCAGGUGCGCACCAUCCUGAGCGAGGUGGGCUGUUGCAUCGUGGGUCAGACGGAGACGCUGGUUCCCGCCGACCGUGUCCUCUACGCCACGCGUGACAUCACCUGCACCGUGGACAGCCUGCCGCUCAUCACGGGCUCCAUCAUCUCCAAGAAAGGCGCCGAGUCGCUGACGGCGCUCGUCCUGGACGUCAAGUUCGGCCGCGCCGCGCUCUACAAAGACUUGGACGGUGCCAAGGAGCUGGCGCGCCUCUUGGUGAAGGCGGGGAACGACUUGGGCAUGCGGACGGGCGCGGUGCUGAGCCGCAUGGACGGCGUGAUCGGUCGCAGGGUGGGUAACGGUCUGGAGGUCGUCGAGGCCCUGGAGACGCUCAAGGGGGACGCGCUGCCGGACCUCAUGGAGUUGGUCGUCACUUUGGGCGGCCUCCUGCUGUACAUGGCGGGCCUGGCGGCCGACCGAUCGGAAGGCGGACGGAAGAUUUUUCGGGCCGUGGCGAGCGGAGACGCGUUGCAGAAAUUUCGGGCCAUGAUGGAGGCUCAGGGCGUCUCCCGGGAGACGGCCCGGGAGCUGUGCUCGCCGGACGUCGACUACUUCAAGAUUCUCAGGAAGGCCCGGCAUCAACUCGAACUGACCGCCGGCCGUGAUGGCGUGCCGGUGGACGUGGACGGUUUGCUUUUAGCGCAAGUGCUGCAUAAAUUGGGGGCCGGACGUUCCAAGGCCGGACAGCCUGUCAAUCACAGCGUGGGGGCGGAGUUACUGGUCCCCUUUGGCCAGAAGGUCACCAAAGGCACUCCGUGGCUGCGGGUGCAUUACGAAGAGCCGGCUCUCUCUCCAGAGCAGAUCCGGCGACUGCACGACGCUCUCGUCUUGGAAUCAAGUACCGACCGGCCAAUGCCAUCUUUGGUGCAAGAGGUGCUUGUUUGA